UACGAAUACACCGCAUAAUCCAAAAAACUUAGCAUCGGUUCAUCGCCAGAAGAAGCGAAGUGGGAAUCAAAAUGGCUGCUUCCUGCUGUGCAGUUCGUUCUUCUUCAUUUUCUCUUCAUGGGUUAUUCACUUCAAAAAAAUCCAUGGCAGCUGUGGGUAUGCUAUCUUUUGCACCCAAUUUCCAUGCUCCAACGUCUCUCAAUAGAAGCUUUAUCUCCCUCUCCAUUAAGCAAAAGCUUCCCAGGAAUUCACUUCGAGUGAGAUCAGUGGCUGCUCCAGCAGAAGAUGUUGCUGGAUUUGAUGAUAUGGUUUCAGGGACUCAGCGGAAGUACUAUAUGCUUGGCGGAAAGGGAGGGGUAGGAAAGACCAGUUGUGCUGCUUCACUUGCAGUAAAAUUUGCAAACAAUGGGCAUCCUACCUUAGUGGUUUCAACUGACCCAGCACAUUCUUUGAGUGAUUCUUUUGCUCAGAAUUUAACUGGAGGGACAUUAGUACCUGUUGAAGGACCUGAUUACCCACUGUAUGCACUUGAGAUAAAUCCUGAAAAGGCUAGGGAAGAAUUCCGUUCAGCAACUCAGAAAGAUGGAGGAACCGGGGUGAAAGAUUUCAUGGAAGGCAUGGGCCUUGGAAUGCUUGUUGAACAGCUGGGAGAAUUGAAAUUGGGAGAGCUACUGGACACACCUCCUCCUGGUUUGGAUGAAGCUAUAGCAAUUUCAAAAGUAAUGCAAUUCCUGGAAUCUGAAGAAUAUGGCAUGUUUACUCGAAUAGUUUUUGAUACUGCACCCACGGGCCAUACAUUGCGACUUUUGUCCUUGCCAGACUUCCUGGACGCAUCCAUAGGAAAGAUAUUGAAGCUUAAACAAAAAAUAUCCUCUGCCACGUCUGCCAUCAAAUCUGUUUUUGGACAAGAAGUAACUCGACAGGAUGCCUCUGACAAAUUGGAACAACUGAGGGAGAGGAUGAUAAAAGUGCGGGAGCUUUUUCGUGAUACAGACUCCACAGAGUUUGUUAUAGUUACAAUUCCCACGGUAAUGGCGGUUAGUGAGUCGUCUAGGUUGCGCGCCUCCCUGCAAAAGGAGAAUGUUCCUGUUAAGAGGCUUAUUGUUAAUCAAAUUCUUCCUCCAUCUGCCUCCGACUGCAAGUUUUGUGCGGUGAAGAGAAGGGAUCAGAUGCGUGCUCUUGAAAUGAUACAAAAUGAUCCUGAACUCUCCAGCUUGACAUUGAUACAGGCACCCUUAGUUGAUGUAGAGAUCAGAGGCGUCCCAGCUCUUAAAUUUUUAGGAGACAUCAUAUGGAAAUGAGCUCUGAAUAACAAUGUCACAAAUGCACAGAGCUUCCCAAAUCUUUGUGGUAGGCUUGCAAACACUCAGGAGGAACAGAAAAGUUACCAAACAAAAAUACUCGUGCAUUGGCAAACAAAUUCCAUUACAGAUUUUAGCAAAAUUCACAUGAGAAGAAACCAUUUUGUUCCAAUGGCAAUUACAAGACACAGAAGGUGAAGCCCCCAAUAAGCAAGAAGCCAUGUAAGGAAGGUAACAGUUGACCCUGAUAGCAAAUUUGAAUGGUGAAAAGCUGUAUGAUAUCAGGGAUCUAAAGAGUCAACUCUGGUUUUGCCGGUUAACUUUUCCACAUUAACAUGGUUCUUGUAGCAUAUACUAAUUGAAAUUUCUAUUGUUUUUGUAGCAUAUACCAAGUCCUUUUGAAUGUGCAUCAGUUGUUUUUUUGGCAA